ACGAAGCAGUGGACAAGAAGAAUCGUUCAGCGGCGUUAAUUGUGGUAUUGCUCGAUGAAAAGACACACGCGAUAUCGCGCUGUAAUCACAGCCAAGUCAGUCAGUCAGCCGGCUAGUCAAGAAUUUCUACCAUCUUCAGUCGACGAUCAGAACUGGGCCAGUGCACGGAAGUCCAAAGUUUAAUCCACACCGGCAACGAGCUUAGCUGCCAUUAGCGAUCCGUGUUCGCUGAAAAUGAUUAGUUCAACCUAAUUCAAAAUCAAGUGAUCUGCAAAUUACUCCAAAAGUUGCCAAAAUGAGUGAAAAAAGUGGUUACCAUCCGGUGAAAGAGCCUAAAGUACUGGCUCGUACGGUGUUGUGGUAUUUGGUAUUUGUGGGCUUUGCUGUCAAUUACAUGAUCAGAAUCAACAUGAAUAUCACAAUCGUUACUAUGGUGAAACCAUCCAAGGGUAAAUUGAUCGUCAUGGACCCGGCACGUGCAGCAUUGAAUUCGUCACCGGUUGAAGAUCAGCAUGAGCCGGUAGUUUAUGCGUGCUUUGUGCCCACCAACGACUCGAAUUCGCCGGAGCAUGGGAAAUCUGGAGCGAUAUCCUUGAGGAGCGAACCCAAAAUUGCAUCUCCAGAGAAGCUUCUGCUGAAUGCCCUUAAGCUGGACACCAAACCGGAAGGCUUCGAGUGGGACGAGUACGAACAGGGACUCAUUCUGGGCGCCUUUUUCUGGCUGCACUGGCUAACCCAGAUACCGGGUGGAGUUCUGGCCCGCAAAUACGGUACCAAGAUGGUAUUCGGGGUGGCAAAUGCCGUCGGUAGCUGGCUGUGCUUCCUGAUGCCGCUGACAGCGUAUUGGGACUAUCGAAUUCUGAUCUUUUUACGGGUGCUGCAGGGAUUUAUUUGUGGAGUCUCUUGGCCUGCAAUGCAUCACAUGGCCGGACAAUGGAUCCCUCCGAACGAACGUAGCAAAUUUGUUACAGCCUAUCUAGGUAGUUCCAUUGGCGUAGCACUAAACUUUCCUCUGUUUGGAUACAUCAUAUCCUGGACCUCGUGGGAAUAUGUGUUCCAUUUUUGUGGACUAUUCGGAACGGUUUGGUUCCUCGCGUGGGUUUACUACGUCUUUGAUACGCCAGCCGAACACCCCCGGAUACAUCCCAAAGAGCGAGAAUACAUUGAAAAUUCCCUCGGAAUUACGGAAAAAUCUAAACAAGAGGAACACCAGCAGCCAACCCCUUGGAUGGCGAUGAUCCUCUCGAAACCAGUCUGGAUGACGAUCAUAGCUCAAUGGGCCGGAAUUUGGGGUCUCUUCACGCUGAUGACGCAAGCUCCAACCUACUUCAACUACAUCCACGGGUGGAACAUUGAAAUGACAGGAAUUCUCUCCGGAAUUCCCCACCUCUGCCGGAUGGUCUUUGCCUACGUUUUCUCCAUAGUUGGUGACCAUCUGCUGGCCAAGAACCUUAUGACUCGGACAAAUGUCCGAAAGAUGGGAGGCGCUUUCUGUUGUCUGCUUAACGGUAUUUUCAUCCUUGGUCUAGCCUAUAGCGGAUGUAACUCCAUGGCCGCCAUUCUAUUCCUGACGCUGGCCACGAUGGUUCAUGGAGCAGUCUCGACGGGACCGCUGGCCAACAUCAUCGAUAUGAGUCCAAAGUUUGCCGGGAUCGUACUCGGAGUCAGUGGUAUGAUCACCGUUGUUCCGGGCUUCGUGUCACCAAUUAUCGUCGGAAUACUUACCCUGGGAAAUCAAACAGUCAAACAAUGGGAAUACGUUUUCCUCUUAACGGCGGGAAUGCUCCUGGUGUGUGGUACCUUGUACAUCUUCUUUGCGGAUUCGACGCUGCAACCAUGGGAUUCGGAGGAAAAAAAUGGUGAAGCAAAAGUCCAUGAACUGAUCGGUCUGAAGGUAGACAUUGAUAAACUGGAGAAGGAAGAGGAGAAGGAAGGGAGUGACGAGCUAGAAAAAUCGAAUUUCACGACAACAGUGACAUCACAACAAGUCGAAGAACCGCAGCAGGAAAACCGGAACGAAACAAGCUAGUGCAGUAUUAUGUAGGAUGUUUAAAUUUCUAAAUUUUAAAACUGUUGGAAAUUUUCAAUUAAAAGGGUUAUAAAAUUUUUGGCAUUUGUUGUUAAAUUUUAUCCAUAUAUUUUGGGCUUUGCAAAAUUUUAUGGGUGGUUUUUUGCCGAAAGAUUUAAAAAAAUCCUUUGCGUAUUGUAGAAGAGUAAACAUUCUAUAGUGAUUCAGUUCAUUUAUCUACAUGUAAUAGAUCGCCCUUGAAAUACAGAUCGAUGGUAAAAUCUAUUGAUCUGCAUUUGCAGAUAAUUCAGAUCUCAUAAUUGGGAACAAUUUUAUUCAGAUAUCUUUGAUCAAAAAUCGGACAAAAAAUUCCAGAAAAAAGAAUACAAUUUUAAUGUACAUCUAGAAAUGCAAAAAAAAAAAACAAAAAUCAGAAAACAGAAAUAAAGUAAUUGAAUAAUGAGAAACGGGAUCAAAAGUCAGAAAUUAGAAAUCAGAAAUCUAAAAUCAGAUUCCAAAAAUAAAAAAAAAACAGAAUUCAGAAAAUAGAAAACGGGAUCAUAAGUAAAAAAUAGAAAUUACUAACCAAACAUCAGAAGUUUGAAAAAUGAAAUCAAAACUUAGAAAUCAAAAUCACAAAUAAAAAAUUAAGCAUAAU